AUGUCCCUUACAUUGGAGGUCAGUGGGAAGAAUGUCCCUUACAUUGGUGAUCAGUGGGAAGAAUGUCCCUUACAUUGAGGGUCAGUGGGAAGAAUGUCCCUUACAUUGGGGGGUCAGUGGGAAGAAUGUCCCUUACAUUGGUGAUCAGUGGGAAGAAUGUCCCUUACAUUGAGGGUCAGUGGGAAGAAUGUCCCUUACAUUGAGGGUCAGUGGGAAGAAUGCCCCUUACAUUGGGGGUCAGUGGGAAGAAUGUCCCUUACAUUGGGGGUCAGUGGGAAGAAUGUCCCUUACAUUGGGGGUCAGUGGGAAGAAUGUCCCUUACAUUGGGGGUCAGUGGGAAGAAUGUCCCUUACAUUGGGGGUCAGUGGGAAGAAUGUCCCUUACAUUGGUGGUCAGUGGGAAGAAUGUCCCUUACAUUGGGGGUCAGUGGGAAGAAUGUCCCUUACAUUGGGGGUCAGUGGGAAGAAUGUCCCUUACAUUGGUGGUCAGUGGGAAGAAUGUCCCUUACAUUGGUGGUCAGUGGGAAGAAUGUCCCUUACAUUGGGGGUCAGUGGGAAGAAUGUCCCUUACAUUGGUGGUCAGUGGGAAGAAUGUCCCUUACAUUGGUGGUCAGUGGGAAGAAUGUCCCUUACAUUGGGGGUCAGUGGGAAGAAUGUCCCUUACAUUGGUGGUCAGUGGGAAGAAUGCCCCUUACAUUGGAGGUCAGUGGGA